AUGCCACCCAAAAUGGCCUCCAACUCCGAGCUCUCAGAAAUCAAGCUACUCCUCCACGCUCUCGCCUCAGACAUCAAAGCCGUCAAAUCCGACGUAGCGGAGCUCAAGAAGAGCCAAGCUCAAAGCCAACAGAGCACCCCCACCUGCGCCAAAUGCACAGAUGGCGGUCCAAAGUUACCCAACGUCGAGAAGGCACUGAGCGACACCGAGACCAAGCUGACAGAUAAGAUUCGCGAUACCCAGUCAACGGUCUUGCAGCUUGUCGAGGAGGAGAAGGUCUUGAUCCAUGCGGAGGUGGUGCAUCUCAGUCGCACGGUGGGGACUGCGCUGGAGAAUGCGAAGGGAAAGAUGAUGGAGAAGGUUGCUGAGGUGGUGGGUGAGAACAAUCGCAAGCGGAGCAGGUCCUCGGCUAACAUGGACGGGGACGAUGACCUCGUUGUUGCAAAGAAGCGGAUGAAAAAUGAGGAGGAGAACGACACAGAUGAAGAUAACUCUGACGACUAUGACUCGUGGACGAAGCGGAGGCGGGAGUCAUCCGGUCUUGACAGGGCCGUGAUGGAUAUCAUUGACAUAGCUGAAGAAGCCUUUGAGUGCGAACGGGUCGGGCCUGAGUGGAUUCUCACGGCACUAAUCCCAUUCCAUGCCAGUGCCAACGGCGGCAGGAUCAAACGCUGGUACGUCUUUCAAAAGGAGGGAAAGAUCGGCUUUGAGUACUGCUUGUACGGUCUACUCUACCAUGGGCAUGAGCAUGCAGAGGUUGCUAGAGGAGCAUGCUCCUGUAGGGAACGUCAUCCGCCCGGCUUGAGGCAGAGGGCUACCAGGUGUAUCCGGGUCAAACGAAGUGAGGAUGGUUCUGGAGCACUGCUGUUUACUUGGGGAGUGGAUAUUGGACCUGCCCCUCUUCUUGAUCCUCGUUGGGAAUGAAAUCAGC